AGAAAGAGAGAGAGAGAGAGAUUGAAAUUUCAAACUAAACAUAAUUUUGAGAACCUCCAAGAAAACAAAUUCAAUGGAGACUUUGAGCCCGAAUCAGCAUAACGUAUUCAUCGGUUUCAGCAUGAAGGAUACGCGCUACUCCUUCGUAAGCCAUCUCUCAGCUGCUUUCCACCGGAGGAACAUCUCGACGUUCCUCGGAGAAGAAGACAUCAUAAGCUCCGUGACUCAGUCUGCUAUCGAGGGAGCUAAGGUCUUUGUGGUUGUCUUCUCCGAGAACUAUGCCUUCUCGCCGCUCAGCUUGGAAACGCUCGCCAAGUUUUUGGAUCUCCGGCGACGUGAAAACGGACCUGUUGUGAUUCCAGUCUUCUACGGUGACGUCACUCCAUCGAUCGUUGAGCAGCAGACGGAGAAAUUUGGAAAGGCUUUUUCCGAGCACCGGAGUUCGUUCUCCGGAGAAGACGACAAGGUGGAAAGAUGGCGAAACGGUCUGGUUGAAGCGGCCAAGUUACAAGGCCAUGACUCAAAUGAACAACAAAAUGACUCAGAUUUAGUAGAAGAGAUUGUUUCGGAUGUGCGCGAGAGGCUCUAUCCAACAGGUAAGAUUGGGAUCUACUUGAGGUUGCUUGGGAUCGAAAACUUGCUUUGCAAGCAAACUCCUGACAUCUACAGGAUAGGGAUAUGGGGUAUGCCUGGCAUAGGCAAAACUACCAUUGCACAAGCAGCCUUUAACCAAAUGUGUCAGGACUUUGAAACUCAUUUCUUCCUCGAAAACUUCCACGUAAAGUUUCACGAGAAAGGGCUGUACAAGUUGCGGGAAGAACAUUCCAUCGAAAAACUAAGAGAGAAAACAGCUCUUGUUGUUCUUGAUGAUGUGCACGAUCCUAUGGAAGCCGAGUCUUUCCUUGGAGGAUUUGAUUGUUUUGGUCCCGCAAGUUUAAUAAUCAUAACAUGUCGAGAUAAACAAGUUCUUUAUCAGUGUCAGGUUGAUAGUAUUUAUGAGGUACCAUCCUUAACCAAGAAGGAGGCUCUAAAGUUAUUCAUCGGGUUUGCGUUUCCAGAGAAAGAAACAAGUGAUAGUGAUCUAGUAGAAGUGUCAAAGAAGGUCGUUGAGUAUGCCAAUGGGAAUCCUAAAGCUCUCUCCUUCUAUGGCAGAGAGCUAGAAGGGAGGACGACACCAGAAGAAAUGGAGGCGAGUUUCGAGAAGAUCAAGCGAUGUCCUCCACAGGAGAUUAUUGAUGUGUUCAAGAGCAGCUACGAUGCGCUCAGCGACAAUGAGAGGAGCAUAUUCUUAGACAUUGCUUGUUUCUUUAAUGGUGAACAAUUGGAUCGUGUCAUGAAGAUAUUUGAAGGGUGUGGUUUCUUCCCACACGUUGGAAUCGACCGUCUUGUGGAAAGGUCUUUAUUGAUGAUAUCGAAGAACAAUAGAGUUGAUAUGCACAAUUUGAUUCAAGAUGUUGGUCGGGAAAUCGCCAAUCAAGAAAAUAAUAAAAUCUUGAGGCAUCGCAGAUUUUGGGAUCCUUCACGCAUUAGAUUAUUACUAGAAGACAUUGAGCCUAAGGGUGUUGAAGUUAUUGAAGGGAUUUUUUUUGACACAACAAACCUAAACGUUGUUGUUAAUCCUAUGGCGUUUGAGAAUAUGUAUAAUCUUAGACUGUUGAAGAUUUAUAGCUCAAACACUGAAACUGCUCAAGAACUCCAUCUCCCCCAGGAACUGAACUCUCUGCCUUAUGAGCUCAGGCUACUUCACUGGGAAAAGUAUCCGUUGCAAUCGUUGCCUCAAGAUUUUGAUCCUAGCCAUCUUGUUGAACUCAAUAUGCCUUAUAGUCAGCUUCAAAGUCUAUGGGGAGGAACCAAGAGUUUAGGAAAGUUGAAGAUAGUAAAUCUUAGCCAUUCUCAGAAACUAGUUGAAGUUGAGGAACUCUCGAAAGCUUGUAGUCUUGAGCAAAUUGACCUUCAAGGUUGCACAAGCUUAGAGAGCAUCCCACGCAAUGAUCGACUAAAGAAUCUUCAACUUCUGAACCUCUCUGGUUGCACAAGAAUCAAACGUACAGAGAUUAUAGAUAAGAUCAAAGGACUGGAUCAAGAAGGCGGUUUGAGAGAAACAAAAACUGAUUCAAUGGUGUUCUCCACGUUAGUAGAGCUGGAAUCUGAGGAUAACACAUUGGACUUCUGAGAUUACAAAAUAAAAUAAAAAACCUACUUGUGUGUUAAAUACUCUUGAGUAAUUGCUCAAGUUUUUAAAAUUCCUAGAUAUGAAUUUCGUUAAACAUUUCAAGGAAAGUAGGUGAAAACGUUGUUAAAUAUUUUAUCUAUGCUAAAACAGGACAAGUAGAGGAAGAUAUUA